CUUCUUGAGCAGGCUUAGCAUUGCCUCGCAGACCGUCCUCAGAGCUACUUUCAGAAAAGUAAGCUGUUCCUGUUGCAUCCAGACCUGCCUUGAGGAGCUCAGAGUUUUAAAAAAUGAACCCCACGGAUAUAGCAGACACUACGCUGGAUGAGAGCAUAUAUAACAACUACUACCUCUAUGAAAACAUCCCCAAGCCCUGUAACAAAGAAGGGAUCAAGGCCUUUGGGGAGCUCUUCCUGCCCCCUCUUUACUCCAUGGUCUUUCUCUUUGGUCUGCUUGGAAAUUCUGUGGUGGUUCUGGUCCUAUUCAAAUACAAGCGGCUCAAGUCCAUGACUGACGUGUACCUGCUCAACCUCGCCAUCUCGGAUCUACUCUUUGUGCUUUCCCUCCCAUUCUGGGGCUACUACGCUGCAGACCAGUGGGUGUUUGGACUGGGUCUAUGCAAGAUUAUUUCCUGGAUGUACUUGGUGGGUUUUUACAGCGGCAUAUUCUUCAUCAUGCUCAUGAGCAUCGACAGAUACCUGGCAAUUGUGCAUGCGGUGUUUUCCUUGAGAGCAAGAACCCUGACCUAUGGGGUCAUCACCAGUGUGGCUACGUGGUCAGUGGCUGUAUUUGCCUCUCUCCCUGGCCUUUUGUUCAGCACCUGUUACACCGAGCGCAACCAUACUUACUGCAAGACCAAGUACUCUGUCAACUCCACCACGUGGAAGGUUCUCAGCUCCCUGGAGAUCAACAUCUUUGGAUUGGUGAUCCCCUUGGGGAUCAUGCUGUUUUGCUAUUCUAUGAUCAUCAGGACUUUGCAGCAUUGCAAAAAUGAGAAGAAGAACAAGGCGGUGAAGAUGAUCUUCGCUGUGGUGGUGCUGUUCCUUGGGUUCUGGACUCCUUACAACGUGGUGCUCUUCCUGGAGACCCUGGUUGAGCUAGAAGUCCUUCAGGAUUGCACCUUUGAAAGGUACCUGGACUAUGCCAUCCAGGCCACAGAAACCCUGGCUUUCAUUCACUGCUGCCUUAAUCCAGUCAUCUACUUUUUUCUGGGGGAGAAAUUUCGCAAAUACAUUGUACAACUCUUCAAAACCUGCAGGGGUCCUUUGGUGCUCUGCCAAUAUUGUGGGCUCCUCCAAAUUUACUCGGCUGACACCCCCAGCUCCUCUUACACACAGUCUACUGUGGAUCAUGAUCUCCAUGAUGCUUUGUAAAAAGUGAAAAUGCAAAACACAGAGCUAAUAAGCUUCCCACAUUCAGAGCUUACUUAAAAUUGUGUUUUAGUAAGAGUCCCCUGAGCAGGCAGUAGGAGGAAGGCCUCCAGCCGCAGCGGAAAGUGAAGGUCUCGCCUUGCAACUGGCUUUUCCUCUUCCAUUAGGCAAGUUGACCCCCGGGGGGGGGUUCACCUGGACCAAGCAUCCUUCCUCACACCAGGCCUGCCUCAAGCAGAAGUGAACCUGCGAAUUCUGAGCAGUGUUUCAACGAGGCGACAGAUGAUGUGGGAAGAGAGCGUCCAUUCCCUGUAACCUAAACAGACUGGGUUCUCCAGAAGGCGCUGUGGAUUGAUGGGGUAAAUAGUUGCUUCCUGCUGUGGAAAAUGGACCCUGUGAUUAAUUUCUAGCUUUUAUGGAACAAUAUAGAAAACUUUGAUAUACACUCCUAGUGUUUUUCUAGCAAUAUAUCUGAAGCAUGGUAUAUUCCAUAAAGUCAGAUGGAUUAGUGAAACAAUUAGUGAAAUAAUGAACCUAGAUCUUGAUACUUUUUUUUUUUUUUUUUUUUUUUUUUUUUGCAGUGCUGGGGAUUGAACCCAGGGCCAUGCAUGCAAGGCAAGCACUCUACCAACUGAGCUAUCUCCCCAGCCCUAGCUCUUGAUACUUUGAUUGUAAAGGAUAAUUUGUUAAUUGAAGGCCACACUUUCUCUGCCAAUUAACAAAUGUACAGAUUUGAAGGCAUUAGCAUGGUAUAAUUUCUAAACUUGGAACACAAGGCAUUUAAAAUCCAAAUAUAUUUGUUCAAAUUCAUUUUGCUUGUGGACAUGUUUUAAUUAUAACAUGAAUAUUCAGAUGUUUAAAAUUAGGGGUUUGGGUGCUCUCAGUAGUAGAGUGGUUUCCUAGCAUAUAUGAGGCCCUGGGUUCCAGCCCCAGCUCUGCAAAAUAAUAAUAAUAAUAAUGCAUAGUCCCAAAAUACAUUUAUCUAGGUCUUUUACUUGUUCACAAACAUGGCCUUCAAAGUUAAAAAUAAGGUAGACUACUAAAGUAUGACCGUACUUCCUUAAGUGCAAACAAUUGAGGUAAGAAUUAAUCAUAAGCUAUUGCUGAUGUGGCAUAGGACUAUGAAACUGUAAAAAGUAAUUAACCUCAGUAUUGGCACUGAUUUUUAAAUUUUGGGUGGCUCAAAAGUUGGGUCAUUCAUUUCUAAGUUACUUUAGUCAUUUUGUAUCAUUAAAAUAAAUUGCAAUGUUUUUCCUUAUUCAUAACCUUAAUCAGAAUUAAAGACUCCUAAACAUCUAGGAGACCGCAGUUCCUCCACAAACAAAAACUAAUCUCAUAAGUUAUUAUCUGACUUAAAAUGCUUGUUUACACAUUACAUUUAUAAAGAGUGCAUCUCCAGGAAACAUAUUUUCACUCUGGGUCCCCCCACACCCCGCCCCAUACUGGGGAUUGAACUCUGGGGGUAAGGGAUGCUCAACCACUGAGCCACAUCCCCUGCCCGCCCCCACUCCUCCUUUUUAAAUUUUGAGACAGGGUCCACUAAGUUGCUUAGGG